CUACACCUCACUGGUGACUGCACAUCUUUACUACUUCUGGCGACCGUCCCAAAGCAAAUCCAUUCCACCGCCGCGCUCGCCGCCGCCGCAAAACGGAGCGGAAAUGAAAGCGCUAUACAGUUCAGAUGGAAUUCUAACUCCAAUUCCAUACUUCAAAAUCAAGCCAGGAAUUCGAAUUUCAAAAACUGCCGUACAGUUUCCCAUUGCAGCGGCUAAGCGUUGUUUCUCGAUCAAAGCUGUUCUCGAUUCAGUCUCCUUCGAUGAGCUAUCAGAAAUCCGGAAUCCAGCGAUUUCGACGUCGUAUCGGAAUCCGAAGCUGCGGCGGCCGAAUCAGACUGUGUUGGACGCGCAGACGAAGGUCUGCACUGGUCCAACUCAAACUAAGCCUCUCAAUGCAGAGCAAGCCUUUAAGGUUCUAGAUACAAUUUUAAAAUCAGUUAAAGGAGAGCUCAAAGGUGAAGAUGAAGUAUCCAAAGCACAGCUUGGAGCGUUUUUUGCAGCAAUGACAAUCCGAGCAAAUGCCUUCCCUGAGCCAACUCAAUGGAGUGAUGGUGAGAGGACUGCAAUGACCUAUUAUUGGCCACACUUAGUGCGCGUAUUACCUCCAGAUAUAAUAUUUUUAGCUGAUCCUGAGCAGUCGAUUAUGGGAGUUAGUAGUUCAAUCGGUCCUCUUUUUGUUGGUAAUGGGACUGCCGAGAUGAGACUGGUAGGUGCCCUCAGGGAAAUUCUUGCUGGUGGUCAUUUGGGGUAUGAGGAAGUUCAGGGUGUUUUGAGAGAUGUUCUUCCACUAAGUUCCGAAGACAAGAAAACAGCAGCUGCAAGUGAGUCGCUGCUUGCAGCAUUUUUGAUAGGCCAGCGCAUGAACAGGGAAACAGAUCGCGAGCUAAAAGCAUACUGCCUUGCAUUUGACGAUGAAUAUGGUCCAGCGCCAGUUGCUGACAUAAGAUCUUUGACCCAUUACGGUGAACCUUAUGAUGGUAAUACGCGAUUUUUCAGGAGUACACUUUUUGUUGCUGCAGUUAGAUCCUGCUAUGGUGAAUCUUGCUUGCUUCAUGGUGUGGACUGGAUGCCGCCUAAGGGCGGCAUUACGGAAGAGCAAAUGCUGAAGUUCAUGGGUGCAAACACACAAUUAAACUCAUUGCAGGCAAAAGAGCUACUAGAGGAUGAAGAUGUUGGUUUUGCUUACAUUAGUCAGCGAGAAGCCCAACCUUCUCUCUAUUCGUUGAUUGAGUUGAGAGAACAUAUAAAGAAACGCCCACCAUUGGCAACUACUGAAAAAGUUCAGCAACUUGUGAGGGCUAAGGGUAAGGAAGCUAUUGUUGCUGGAUUUUACCAUGGAGGUUAUGAGGAGUCACUUCUGAUGCUAAUGAGAAGAAGAGGAGUCCACUCUGGCUUGGUUGUGAAGGGUGAGGAGGGUGCUCUCUCAAUGACUACCAGAUUAAAAUCAGCAAGUGCAUCAAAGGGACUGUCAGUUAAUUACUGUUCUGGUUUCCGAUCACUCAAUGAGACAUCUAAUUCGGCCAUGGAUGGAGUAUCACGCGAGAGUUUCAACAUCGUUGUAAAUGCCCAGGAUUAUGGCUUUGAACCAACUGAUACUCCAAGAACUGAUCGAUCUGUCACAAGGAAUAUAGAAUUAGGGCUGUCAGCUCUGCGUGGUGAGAAGGGUCCAGCGUAUGACCGGAUUGUGUUAAAUGCUGGGAUGGUCGAUCAUUUGCUGGGAUGUGAUGGUGCAGAAGAUGUAUCUUCAGCUCUGGAGAGAGCUCGAGAAGCUGUUGAUAGUGGUAAGGCCCUUAAAAGGCUUUUAGGCUACAUAAACAAGUCCCAUAGAGUCUAAACGAAGCAAUGUUUCUAUUAGAAUCCUAUCCUUUCACUUCUUGUUUAAGGAUGAAAAAAAAAGGGUUUUUGGCUUUUUAAA